UCCAGAACGCUUCAGUUCUGCUCUGCAAGGAUCUAUAAUAACUGAUUGGUGUGCCCAUUUAAUAAAAGAAUAUGGAAACUGAACAGCCAGAAGAAACCUUCCCUAACACUGAAACCAAUGGUGAAUUUGGUAAACGCCCUGUAGAAGAUAUGGAAGAGGAACAAGCAUCUAAAAGAUCUAGAAACAUUGAUGAGAUGGUUGAAUUACGCGUUCUGCUUCAGAGCAAGAAUGCUGGGGCAGUGAUUGGAAAAGGAGGCAAGAAUAUUAAGGCUCUCCGUACAGACUACAGUGCCAGUGUUUCAGUCCCAGACAGCAGUGGCCCCAAGCGCAUAUUGAGUAUCAGCGCUGAUAUUGAAACAAUUGGAGAAAUUCUGAAGAAAAUCAUCCUUACCUUGCAAGAAGGCCUGCAGUUGCCAUCAUCGACCGCAACCAGCCAGCUCCUGCUCGAAUCUGAUGCUGUGGAAUGCUUAAAUUACCAACACUAUAAAGGAAGUGUUUGCGAGUUGAGGCUGUUGAUUUAUCAGAGUCUAGCAGGAGGAAUUACUGGGGUCAAAGGUGCUAAAAUCAAAGAACUUCGAGAAAACACUCAAACCACCAUCAAGCUUUUCCAGGAAUGCUGUCGUUAUUCCACUGACAGAGUUGUUCUUAUUGGAGGAAAAUCCUAUAGGGUUGUAGAGUGCAUAAAGAUCAUCCUUGAUCUUAUAUCUGAGUCUCCCAUCAAAGGACGUGCACAGCCUUAUGAUCCCAGUUUUUACGAUGAAACCUAUGAUUAUGGAUUUGCAAUGAUGUUUGAUGACUGCCGUGGACGCCCAUUGGGAUUUCCCAUGCGGGGAAGAGGGGGUUUUGACAGAAUGCUUCCUGGUCGGGGUGGGCGUCUCAUGCCUCCAUCUAGAAGAGAUAAUGAUGAUAUAAGCCCUUAUCGAGGACCACCUCCCCCUCCUCCUGGACGAGCCGGCCGGGGUGGUAGCAGAGCUCGGAAUUUUCUUCUUCCUCCACCACCACCACCUAGAGGGGGAGACCUCAUGGCCUAUGACAGAAGAGGGAGACCUGGAGACCGUUACCUCGGCAUGGUUGGUUUCAGUGCUGAUGAAACUUGGGACUCUGCAAUAGAUACAUGGAGACCAUCGGAAUGGCAGGUGGCUUAUGAACCACAGGGUGGCUCCGGAUAUGAGUAUUCCUAUGCAGGGGGUCGUGGCUCAUAUGGUGAUCUUGGUGAACCUAUUAUUACUACACAAGUAACUAUUCCCAAAGAUUUGGCUGGAUCUAUUAUUGGCAAAGGUGGUCAGCGGAUUAAACAAAUCCGUCUUAAGGCGAGAGCUUCAAUCAAAAUUGAUGAGCCUUUAGAAAGUUCCAAAGAUCGGAUCAUUACCAUUACAGGAACACAGGACCAGAUACAGAAUGCACAGUAUUUGCUGCAGAACAGUGUGAAGCAGUAUGCAGAUGUUGAAGGAUUCUAAGGCAAGAUAUUUUUUUCUUUUUUAUAGUAUGAAGCAGUAUUCUGGAAAGUUUUUCUAAGACUAGUGAAGAACUGAAGGAGUCCUGCAUCUUUUUUUUUUUUUUUUUUUUUUUUUU